AUGGCGGCCGUAUACAAGUCACUGUCCAAGAGCGACAGCGAGAAGCACGAACCGUCGACCAAUGGCGUCAAGAAGAACAAGCAGAGGGUGCUGAUCCUGUCCAGCCGAGGUUUUGCUCACAGACAUCGUCACCUCCUCAAUGAUCUUGCCUCUCUCCUUCCCCAUGGCCGAAAGGAUGCCAAGUUUGACUCAAAAUCCAGACUAGGCGAGCUCAACGAGCUGGCCGAGCUCUACAACUGCAACAACGUUCUGUUCUUUGAGGCGAGGAAGGGCAAGGACCUGUACGUGUGGCUGAGCAAGGUCCCCAACGGCCCGACUGUCAAGUUUCACCUUCAAAACCUGCACACGAUGGAAGAACUGCACUUCACCGGCAACUGCCUGAAGGGCUCUAGGCCAAUCCUCUCAUUCGACGCCGCCUUCGAGACGCAGCCGCACUUCCGCGUUAUGAAAGAGUUGUUCCUCCACACAUUUGGCGUUCCGCAGGGGGCGCGAAAAUCCAAGCCCUUUAUCGAUCAUGUCAUGGGCUUCAGCAUCGCGGACGGCAAGAUCUGGAUCCGAAACUACCAAAUCAGCGAAGUCGAGCAGACAAAGACCAAGGGCGAUGAGGAGGAAGGCUCUGAGUCAGCCGCGGCCGGCAAAUCUAGCAACUCGGACAUUAACCUCGUGGAGAUCGGACCUCGAUUCGUCCUCACGCCUCUGGUGAUACAGGAGGGCUCAUUUGGCGGACCCAUCAUAUACGAGAAUAGAGAGUUUGUCUCUCCCAACCAGAUCCGGGCUGACAUUCGGAGGGCAAAGGCUGCAAGGCACAAUGGCAGGGCGGAGCAAGUUGCUGGCCGCUUUGCCAAGAAGAAUGAGCUGGGUCUCCGGUCGAACGGCAACCGACGGGCCAAGGACGAGCUGGACAAGACGGCGUUGUUUGCAUAG